CAGGCAUUGGACAGUGGGCGUAAACGCCUUCCUCAUUCUAUUAAGGCUGUGUCCCGACUCACACACAAACAAAUUACUAACUGAAUGACAAGAUUUCUCAUGGCAGCUGCCUUUCAGAAUACACAUGUUGCCAAUUUGCUUCUGCUGCUUUCCAUCCUGACUGUAUCAUAUGCAACUCAAGAUGACCUUGUAAUCAGCACCAAACAUGGGAAAGUUCAGGGGAAGCUGUUGUCAGUGCCAAAUGGUGAAGUUCGAGCGUUUCUUGGAAUUCCGUAUGCUAAACCGCCACUUGGAAAACUGAGAUUCCAUGCCCCGGAGCCUGCAGAGAAAUGGGAAGGUGUGAAAGAGGCCAAGGGAUUACCAAAUUCCUGCUACCAGUUGCCAGAUACCACCUAUCCAGGGUUCAAAGGUGCAGAGAUGUGGAAUCCAAACACCCCUCUGAGUGAGGACUGUCUGUACCUCAAUGUUUGGUCCCCUAAAUUCAACAAAUCUCAGUCUUCAACACUUGCUCCUGUACUAGUCUGGAUCUAUGGUGGUGGCUUUGCCUCAGGAACAUCCUCCCUGGAUCUCUACCAAGCCCACUACCUGAGUAAAGCUGAGGGUGUUGUUGUGGUAUCUAUGAAUUAUAGAGUGGGAGCAUUUGGCUUUUUGUCUCUUCCUGACAACAAAAACAUCCGGGGAAAUGCAGGCCUACUGGAUCAGCGUUUGGCUCUCAAAUGGGUAGCCAAUAACAUUGCUGCAUUUGGAGGUGAUCCUUUCAAGGUAACAAUAUUUGGGGAGAGUGCUGGGUCAGCAUCUGUGGGGUUCCACCUGCUUUCUCCGGGCAGCCACAGCCUCUUUCAAAGGGCUGUGAUGCAGAGUGGCUCCCCUAAUGCACCAUGGGCUACAAUAAGCCAGAGUGAAGUCUGGGACAGGUCCUUAAAGCUAGCAAAAGAGCUAGACUGCCCCACACAUCAUUCUGCUCGUCUGGAAGCUUGUCUACAGCAGGCUGAUCCUCAAAAGAUCUCAGUGAAGCAGUUUGAAAUUAUUCAGCCUUCAUUAUUGUCCUUACCUUUCGUCCCUAAUGUUGAUAGGGACUUCUUACCAGCUGAAGUUGAAGUGAUGCUUAAUAGCAGUAACCUUCCCAAAAAAGAACUGUUGAUAGGCCUGAAUAAAGAUGAAGGGACCUACUUUCUUCUUUAUGGAAUGCCUGGUUUCAACAUCAGUGGCCAGAGUCUCAUCAGCAGAAAUGACUUUCUGAAAGGUGUACCACUAACAAUGACAGAUGCAAGUCAUGUCGCCAGAGAAGCAGCUAUUUUUCACUACACUGAUUGGACUGAUCAGAACAAUGGGAUGAAAAACCGAGACUCACUUGGUAGUCUGGUUGGAGAUCAGCUGUUUUGUUGUCCUGUAUUGGACUUUGCUCACAGGUACUCACAGGGUGGCGGGAAGACCUUUCUAUAUUUCUUUGACCACAUGUCAUCUACAAAUCCCUGGCCAGACUGGAUGGGCGUAAUGCAUGCUUAUGAGAUAGAAUUCAUCUUUGGAAUGCCUCUGAAUGCUACCCUUGAAUACACGAAGAAUGAACUAAACAUGACCAAGAAGUUUAUGAAGCACUGGGCUAACUUUGCCCGGACUGGGAAUCCAGGGCUUGAUGGAGUUGCUUGGCCACAGUUUACCUCUGAACGUCAGGAGUACAUAACACUGAACUACAAUCAUCCAGAACAAAAGAGUAUGAUGAGAGCUAAAGAAUGUCAUCUGUGGAACAAAUUGCUGCCUCAAGUACAGAAGACUUCAGAUGAGCUGCAGUCUUGUAAUGCAAGUGGGAUUAUACUCUGCUGUAAUUGGGGUUUCCUUCUUAUUUUAUCAGUUAUGAGUUUAACCUAUUGACUGAGUUCGGAAGCCUUCUGUCUGUUGAGUCAAUGUGUUCAUAUAUCUGCCGGCUAUUAUCAGACCACCAGUUGAAGCCUAUGGCUUGUUUUCACAUGAGUUCUUCCUUACUACCAUUGUGAAGAACCACCUUUCCUUUGUAAUUAUCCACACAAACAAAAGAAAAGUAAGACAGGCAGUAUUAUUAGUAAUACUGACCAUGUACCUAAAACACUUGCUUAGGUGAAUGAGCAAAAGACCACUUCUUACAGUCCUACAGGUCCAAAUAUUGUCAGUUAAUGGCUAAGCUAAAACACAUGUUUUUUUUUUCUUUAAUAAAAGGCCUAUAUCAAUGUGGAUACAUUUUUUCUACACUGAUUGAAUUACCUACUAUACAGAUCAGCUAUGGAGAUGGCAUAGGAAAUACAUAUGUUAUUGUGCAGUUGUAACACUGUGGGCUAAACAACUUAAUCCAAUGUGUCAUGUUUUGACUUUUGUUUUUGUCAAACACAAGGAGACACUUGUUUUUUCUUGUGUUUUGUAUUUACCUUGCUAUUUAUAGAUUUGAAAUACAAAUGUGAAACUGUGAGACUAAAAACAGAAGGUAAUGAGAUUUGAGCUGAUAAUUAGUAGUUUUAUCUCUCUCUCUCUCUCUCUCUCUCUCUCUCUCUCUCUCUCUCUCUCUCUCUCUCUCAGUCUAAUAAAAAGAAAUUCAAGCCCAUUUGUGAUCUCUUAUACAUGUCUCAAUAGCUAUGUUUACAUGGACAAAAGUAAUCACAAAUAAGGGCCAAUCAGUAAAUGCGGCAAUCAGAAUAGUGUUAUCAGAUUAAGCUCAAUCGGAAUUAAAUUUUAAUCUGAAGGAGAUGGGUGGUUUAUGCCAGUUGACAAUCCCAUCGGCAUGCAUGUAAAUGCUUGUCAGGAUCAAGUUAUUCUGAGGGGGAAGAAUGACAGCAAAUAGUGAAAUGUCAAGCUUCAAAUACUGGCAGCCAAUAUAAGUAUCCAUAUUCACAUUUAAGGGUGCAUUGCGCAAGUUUUGAAGUUAAAUAUAAUUUAUUUUCUUUUAAUACAAGUCCUUACAAUUGCCCGACACGUAAAAUAAGUUUUUCUGUAUUUACUGCAGUUGCCUUUAGAAGCUCCAUUUGUCAGUUCAUGAGAAAGUAAAUCAGGAAGAAUUCUCUGGGCGGGCCGGUGGGUGUGACAUGCCGCGCACUCUCGUUCAUCCUGCUACUCUGUUGAGUCUCCGCUGUAAUUGAUGCAUUAGCGAGAGAACAUGGGCUAACUUUAAUAUUUAUGACUUUUUUACCUCAGAAGACACGCCUCACACCUCUAAACAAAAGACUUGUGCAGUCGCAGCAGCAGAUGUUUGUCCUCUCAUCCCAUGCACGUGCACAACACUGAUGUCAUUUCAGCCUGUGGCCUCAGGUGGCAAAAUUGUGCAUAAAUUCUGGAACUUGUGCUAUUCUCCUUAAAAAAAAAAAAAGAUUACCCAUAACAAUCAUGGCCACCAUCCAU